AUGUUCGAGGCCAGAGGGAUCCCCUUCGUCCUGCUGGACGUCGCCUGCCUGGUCCUGGGACCAGCAGACUCCAUCAGGACAGGGUUAUUGAUUGGUCUGCUGGUCCCCCGCCAUCAGGAGAGGGAUCCUGAUUGGUCUGAUGGCGUCCGCUGGUCUCAUACCAUCAGGAACCCUCUCCUGAUGGCGUCCAGUGGUCCUACGCCAUACGGAGAAGGAGGCCUGCCCCUGGCGGCCUUUAACCUGGGUAAAGUCCGCCCCUACCAGAGGGGCUUUUUCUGUAGCGACGACAGCAUCAGGUACCCCUUCCACCACAGCACGGUCACCUCCACCGUGCUCUACACGGUGGGCUUCAGCCUCCCCAUUGGCUGCGUAAGAGGCCUGCCCCUGGCGGCCUUUAACCUGGGUAAAGUCCGCCCCUACCAGAGGGGCUUUUUCUGUAGCGACGACAGCAUCAGGUACCCCUUCCACCACAGCACGGUCACCUCCACCGUGCUCUACACGGUGGGCUUCAGCCUCCCCAUUGGCUGCAUGAUCUUUGGCGAGUGCCUUUUGGUCUACCUGCAGCGCCUCAAAUCCAAGUCCCCCUUCGGCAGCUACGUGGCCUGCCUCUACAAAGCCGUGGGCACCUUCCUGUUCGGCGCCGCCAUGAGCCAGUCCCUGACCGACAUCGCCAAGUACUCCAUCGGCCGGCUGCGGCCACACUUCCUGGACGUGUGCCGGCCCGACUGGAAGUCCAUCAGCUGCUCGUCGGGGGGCUACAUCGAAAACUACACCUGCACGGGGGACCCCACCAUGGUCAACGAGGGCAGGUGGGCCCUCUGGGAGGCACAGGGGUCAAAGGUCAUGUGUGUGUGUGGGACUCUGAAUGGUGGCCGGCUCGCUUUUCCUUGCGAUCGCUCCUCUGACCGAGCCUGA